AUAUACUAAGAGAAAACAAAAUUUUUACUUUUGAGAAGAGAAUUAUGGCAAAGAGUCAUAUGAAAAAUAUUGUCAUAAUUAUGACAUUGAUUAUGUUUGUUUUUGCAAAAGCUGAUGAUUUUCAAACACCUAAAUCAACAGAUAGUUUUUUCGGUCAAAUCAUUUGCUAUGGAAAAUGUGCUUUCAAAUGUAAAAAUUUAAUUGCCAAUCGUCAAUUAUAUUCAGCUUGUGUUGCAACUUGUGAAACAACGAAUUGCCAUAAGACAUUAUCCAAAGAUGCACAUGAUUGUACUGCUAGUUGUGUGCACUCGAAUUCCAAUAUAGAUAAUAUGGAUGAGCGUGGAGUUAAUGCCAUCGUGAAUUCAUGCUUGGAAACUUGCAAGAACAAUUAGUGUUUAUUUGGAACAACCAAUAAUUCAAAUAAUUGAUGAAGUGAGAAAUUGUGUUCAUUAAUGUUGUAAUAAUGCAUUUUAAAUAAUAAACAUCUACGGAAUGCCUUGUUUUCAUGAA